AUGGCACCAGGCCAACAAAUCCACGCCCCAGACCUCAGCUACACCGUCGCGAAAAAAGUCUGCACUUCUCAAGAUUUCGAAAGACUGGCUUGUGCUUUUUUAAGUGCGACUUCUAACGUAGAUUUUGAUGCAAACAAAGCGGCACGAGAAUUCGGAACGGGUUGUAAACCGGACAGUUUUAAGAGGGCGAUUUGGGCGAUUUGUAAGAAGAUUAAGGAGGCUGCUGGGGAUAAUGUGAAGGGUGGGGAGAAGGAGAAGGAGAAAGGGGAUGGUGGGGGAGUUCAGCAGCAGAAAGGGAAGGGGAGGAAGAGGAAGGUUGAUGGGGAUGAUGAAGCUACGCCGAAGAAGGGAAGGAAGCGGAAGGUUAGUGGAGAUGGGGAGGAAGAGAAGCAGAGUGAUGAGAGGCGUGGUGUUGGAGGAAGGAAGAAGGUGAAGAAGGAAUUUGGCUUGGAGAAUGGUGGAGUGGGUGAUGAGGAGGAUAGUGAUGGUCUGGGAUUCCUCUGA